AGACAAUCCCUUCUUCAACAUCUCCCUCGCUGCUCCACGUCUGUCUAUUCACCCGAUCACUUCUCGCCUUCCAUCUCAGUCCAGUUCUUAAAAUGGCUCCCCACAAUGUCCGGUGGGGUAUCAUGGCUACGGGAGGGAUUGCCGAUUCCUUCGUGCGAGACCUUCUUAGGGACCCCGCCAUUCGCGAUGUAUUCGACGUCUCUCACACCGUUGUCGCUGUAGCAUCCUCGUCGUCUUCAGCGCGUGCAGAAAAGUUCAUCUCAGACACAGGAAUUCCAGCUCCCUGCGCUGCCUAUGGCUCCUACCACGAUCUCGUGGCCGACGCCAACGUGGACGUUGUCUACGUCGCAACCCCGCACUCCCACCACUUCCAGAACGUCAUGCUCACCCUCGAGGCCGGGAAAAAUGUCCUCUGUGAGAAGGCCUUCACCGUCAACGCAGCCCAAGCCAAAAUCCUAUGCGAUACCGCGAAGCAGAAGAACCUAUUCCUCAUGGAGGCCAUCUGGACUCGCUACUUCCCCUUGAGCAUCCAGAUCAGAGACUUGAUUAAGCAGGGCGCUAUCGGCGAGGUGCUGCGUGUCAUUUCCGACAAUAGCUUCGGAGAUCCCGUCGAGGAGACUUGGGGAACAGAACAUCGCAUGGUCAACAAGGACCUGGCUGGUGGAUGUUUGUUGGACUUGGGAAUUUACUCUUUGACUUGGGUCUUCCAGACCUUGUAUCACACCCUGCCCCGGGAACAGCGUAAACCUCCUUCGGCCGUCUCGGCCCACAUGACGCUCUAUCAUCUGACCGGCGCCGAUGAAGCCACCACCAUCCUUCUGAGUUUCCCGACGACCACGCCCUCCAACCUGCCUCAUCUGGGCAAGUCGCAAGCCGUGGCUAUGACACAUCUUCGCGUCGCAACGGACCCUGAUGAGACUAACUCUGCCCGUCCGGCAAUCCGUAUCCAGGGCACCAAGGGUGAGAUUCAGGUGGAUGGGCCGGCUUUCCAACCCGAACGGUACCGGAUCAUUCCCAAGAAGGGAGAGGGCGAGUCGAAGGAGGUCGAGUGUCCGUUCCCUGGAGAUGGCAGGGGCAUGUUCUGGGAGGCGGACGAGGUCGCGCGUUGCUUGCGCGAUGGGAAGCUGGAAAGUGAGACUAUGCCGUGGGAGGAGAGUAUCGUCAUCAUGGAGGUGAUGGAUGAGGUCCGGCGGCAGGGCGGAUUGACAUAUCCGGAGAAGAUUGAAUCCACGGCGUACCCUCUGGAGCUGUAGAUCCACUGCCGCU